AUGACAUUAAUUUAUAUUAUAGUGUUCUAUGCAUUAAACUAAGUGCUAGGAAGAUUUACAACAUUGAAUGAAGCAUUGUUAUUCAAUCCCAUAACUCUAUAUGUACCUGAAUGUGUGGAAUAACCAAAAUUUGAUAAUAUCAUCAUAAGUAUUCGUUAUUGGAUUGAAAUAUUGCAAACCGAUGAUUGUGAUUUGUAAACUGACUUAGAAACAUUAAAAUAAAUAAAAGCGACUCUCCCUGAGUCAAACUUGUUUUUGAGUUCUUUUAUUUAGAAAGAUCAAUUUAAAAUUCAUGGAUUGAUGUAAAUCACUGAUGAUAUAUGCACAGAUGCUUAAAGUAAUAUGCAAAAUAAUCUUUUUUUAGAUUAGCCUGGCUAUAUAAUAGAUUUAUUGAAGAAAGAGCUUCAAUCAAUUAUUGAUUCCCUUGAAGAGAUUUUGACAACACCAAAUAAACAGCGUAAGAUCUCCGCAUUGAAUUCUCAGAUUGAGGAAGUCUAAACAUAUUAAGAAUUUUGUUUCUAAAAGGAAGAAAGACAGAGACGAAAAGCACAAGAAGCAAUUAAUUAACAAGCACAAAACAUAAAAAAUGAAGUAGGUUAUAUAGAUGAUGCUUAUGGUACACCAAGCACUUCAAAUUCAAGUCAAGGAUCAACAACCACAUCAUCAUCUUCUUAAUAAUCAAAUAAUUAAUAAUAAGGAACUAAUAUUUAAGGAACCUAAUAGCCAAUAAACUGUGUAGAUCCUCAAACUUCUAACUAAUAAUAAAAUUAAUAAGGAAGUAACACUACAACUACUACCUAACAAACAACCACUAUUUAGAAUUAACCACCUUCAACUGUAUCCUAAUCAUAAUCAACUCAAACUUCAACUACUGAUUCUCCCACUUAAUAUCAGCCUCAACCAACAUCUUAAACAGUUCCUUCCCAAUAAUUUUAGAAUCCAUAACCCUAACCCCAACAAUAAUCUUAAACAUAAGAUUUUUAAUAAGUCCCAUAACAAAAUGCUCCACCUAAUUCACCAUCAUAAAAUCCAAUUGAAGAUCCUACUAGAACAUAAUAAUAGGCUUAUUAACCUAUUUAAAAUUCACCAUCCCCAUCAAGCUAACCAUCAAUUCAGCCUCAACAACAAUUUCCUCCUCCUCCUUAAUAAUACCCAACACAACCACCAACAAGUUCAGGAAUGCAGACAAAUCCUCCAUAAUCAUAACCGCCAUAGAUUUAAUAAAAUCCACCCUGUGAUAUACCAAAACCAACUUAAGAGCCUCCUUAAAAUCCCCCCCAAACACCUAAUAUCCCUCCACCAUCAACUUAGGAACCACGUGAAGUUUCUCCAUAAACAUCACCACAAAUACCUCCUGAAACACCUACAUAAGUGCCACCUUAAGCACCACCUUAAGCUCCACCAUAAAUACCUCCAUAACCACCUGCUUAACCUCCUUCUGAGAUUCCCCCUGUGCAACCAGUCUAGCCACCUUUACCACCUCAAUAACCUGUUGAUUGUUCUAAACCACCUAUAGAGCCACCUGUUCAACCCCCUGUUCAACCACCUAAACCUCCAGUUGAACCACCGAAACCACCAGUUGAGCCUCCUUAGCCUACAGUUGAACCACCUUAACCCCCUGUUGAACCACCUUAACCCCCUGUUGAACCACCUAAACCUCCAGUUGAACCACCUAAACCUCCAGUUGAACCACCUUAACCCCCUGUUGAACCACCUAAACCUCCAGUUGAACCACCUUAACCCCCUGUUGAACCACCUAAACCUCCAGUUGAACCACCUUAACCCCCUGUUGAACCACCUAAACCUCCAGUUGAACCACCUUAACCCCCUGUUGAACCACCUAAACCUCCAGUUGAACCACCUUAACCCCCUGUUGAACCACCUAAACCUCCAGUUGAACCACCUUAACCCCCUGUUGAACCACCUAAACCUCCAGUUGAACCACCUUAACCCCCUGUUGAACCACCUAAACCUCCAGUUGAACCACCUUAACCCCCUGUUGAACCACCUAAACCUCCAGUUGAACCACCUUAACCCCCUGUUGAACCACCUAAACCUCCAGUUGAACCACCUUAACCCCCUGUUGAACCACCUAAACCUCCAGUUGAACCACCUUAACCCCCUGUUGAACCACCUAAACCUCCAGUUGAACCACCUUAACCCCCUGUUGAACCACCUAAACCUCCAGUUGAACCACCUUAACCCCCUGUUGAACCACCUAAACCUCCAGUUGAACCACCUUAACCCCCUGUUGAACCACCUAAACCUCCAGUUGAACCACCUUAACCCCCUGUUGAACCACCUAAACCUCCAGUUGAACCACCUUAACCCCCUGUUGAACCACCUAAACCUCCAGUUGAACCACCUUAACCCCCUGUUGAACCACCUAAACCUCCAGUUGAACCACCUUAACCCCCUGUUGAACCACCUAAACCUCCAGUUGAACCACCUUAACCCCCUGUUGAACCACCUAAACCUCCAGUUGAACCACCUUAACCCCCUGUUGAACCACCUAAACCUCCUGUUUAACCACCUUAACCACCUGUUGAAGCUUCGUAGCCAACUCAGCAACCUACAGAGAUACCAAAACCUCCAACAGAACCACCGAAAGCUCCUGAAUAAUUAAAAACAAAUAUAACAGUUAAUGGAAAUAGAACUACUGAAGUCUAAGAUUUGAUAAAAUAAUUGUAAGAAGGGAAAAUGGAGAACGUAUCAAUAAACAUUACAGUAUACUAAAAUUCAAAUACAACAACAAUUGGAAGUUAAAAUGGAGAAUUGUUAACAAUUCUUGAAGCUUUAUGUAGAUUAUAUAAUUUGAUUAAAAGUGAGUACUUAACCUGCUUGUUCUACUCCAGCCUAGCCAGUGAUAGUUGUUGUGCAAUAAGAUGAUGAUGAUUGUAAAGAACCUGUAAAACCAAAACCAGAUGAAAACCCAAUUCCAAUUGUUUAACCAGAAGAAGAAGAAGAGGAAGAAGAAUUAUACCCUGAAAUGUCCUUUCCAGAGCCAACAACAGAACCUGAGCCUGAACCUGAAGAAAUUCCUCAACCUAUACCAGAAGAAGAACCUGAACCUCUCCCAGAGGAAGAAGAACCAGAACCCGAACCAAUUCCAGAGGAAGAAUCAGAACCUAUUCCAGAAGAAGAAUCAGAGCCAAUACCUGAAGAACCUACUAAUGUGAACACAACAAAACCAGCUGAACCUUUGCCUUUACCAGAAGAAGAGGAGGCUGAAGAAUACAUUCCUGAGGAAGAAAUACCAGAAGAAAUUAUACCUGUUGAUACAAAGAACACAACCAAACCCUCAGAACCUCUUCCAAUACCCGAAGAAGAACCUGUAGAAGAAGAAAUUAUUGAGCCAAUCCCUAUUGAAGAUCCAGCUGAUACAUUUAAUUAAACAAAAGUUGUAGAUCCUCUCCCUAUUCCUGAGGAAGAAUAUUUUGAGGAAGAAAUAAUUGUACCAGAUGAACCAUUUGUAAAUUAAACAAAGCCAUCAGAACCUCUAGAAAUUCCAUAUGAAGAAGAAGAAGAGGAAGAAGAAGUGGAGGAAGAGGAAGAAGAAGAAGAACCUGUAAAAAUAGUUGUUGUCAAAAAUGAUACAAAAUAAGCUGAACCAGUACCCAUUCCAGAAGAAGAGCCAGAGGAAUAAAUUCCUGAAGAAAUUAUAAUUGUGGAUGAUCCAAAAAACACUACUAAAACAAGUUAACCUUUACCUAUUCCAGAUGAAGGAUAUGAGGAAACAAUCUAUGAGGAAUAUUAUGAGGAAUAUUAUGAAGAAUAUUAUGAGGAGAUCAUUAUAACACCUGCAAAAAAUACAACAAAAUCUGCUGCUCCUUUACCUAUCCCUGAUGAUGAUGAUGAUGAUUGGGGUUAGAUGGCUUUUGGAGAUGAAAGUGAUGAGGGCGAUGAGGGUGAAUGGGAAACUUAUUGGGAUGGAUCUUAAUAUGUUAAAAGAAAGAGAUCUACAACUGUUAUUGAAUAUGAAUAUUAUUGGGAUGUUGAUACAUAAAGUUACAAAACUAGAGUUAAGGGAUCUGGUCCAAAUGAAGAUGAUUAUGAACUCUAUUGGGAUGGUUCUAGAUAUUUGAAAAGAAAGAAAGGAAGCCAGACUUAUGAUUAAGGUACAAAACCAUCAGGAACAUACACUUAUGAUAGUUAUGUUUACGAAUAAUAUUGGGAUGAAGGCUCUAAUUCAUAUUAAUGGAGAAGAUACAGAGUAGGUUCAACAUCAUAUGAGAGUGGAAUAUAUGAAUAUUAUUGGGAUGAAAGCAGCCAGAGUUAUAAAUUCAAAUAAUCAUCAACUAGUUCUUAAAGUUCUUAGACCUAUAAUGGAUAUACUUAUGAGAAAUACUGGGAUCAAUCUUCUAAUUCUUACAAAUGGAGAAGAAAAUAAAUAGGAUCAAGCACAUGGGAAUCAGGUGAUUAUGAAUAUUAUUGGGAUGAAAGCAGCUAGAGUUAUAAAUUUAAAUAAUCAUCAUCUAGUUCAUAGACUACUUAUACUUAUAAUGGAUACAUUUAUGAGAAAUAUUGGGAUCAAUCUUCUAAUUCUUAUAAGUGGAGAAGAAAAUAAACAGGAUCAAGUUCAUGGGAAACUGGAGAUUAUGAAUAUUAUUGGGAUGAAAGUAGCUAGAGUUAUAAAUUUAAAUAAUCAUCAUCUAGUUCAUAGACUUCUUAUACUUAUAAUGGAUACAUUUAUGAGAAAUAUUGGGAUCAAUCUUCUAAUUCUUAUAAAUGGAGAAGAAAAUAAACAGGAUCAAGCACUUGGGAAUCAGGUGAUUACGAAUAUUAUUGGGAUGAAAGUAGCUGGAGUUACAAAUUCAAAUAAUCAGGCAGUUCCACAUCAUCCAGUUCAUAGACUUCUUAUACAUAUAAUGGAUAUACUUAUGAGCAAUAUUGGGAUCAGAAUUCUAAUUCUAAUAAGUGGAGAAGAAAAUAAACAGGAUCGAGUACAUGGGAAACUGGAGAGUAUGAAUAUUAUUGGGAUUCAAACUAAUAAGCCUAUCUUUGGAGAUUGAAAUAGCAAUAAUAGAAUGAACAAAAUGAUUAUGAAUGGCAAUGGGAUUGGGAGACAGGUUCUUAUUAGUGGAGAAGGAAAGCAAAUUCAUAUGAUUCAAAUGAAUACGAAUAAUAUUGGGAUUCAUCAAGUCAAUCUUAUUAGUGGAGAAAGAAAAGUAGUACUUCAUACAAUUACGAUGAUGGUUAAUAUGAAUACUAUUGGGAUGUGGAUACUUAAUCUUAUCAGACAAGAAAGAAGAGCAGUACUUCUACUGAAAUUGAAUAUGAGUAUUAUUGGGAUUAUGAUACUUAAUCCUAUUAAAUACGUUAGAAGGGAAGUAGUUAAUAAUCUGGUGGAUAUUCAACAACUUCAUCAAGUUCAACUACAUAUUAUGAAUAAUAUUGGGAUGCUGAUUCUUAAUCAUAUAAAUGGAGGGUAGUAUCAAAUGAUUAAAUAGCUCAAUAAGGUACUUAUGAUGAUGGAUAAUAUGAAUAUUAUUGGGAUGCUUCUUCAAAUUCUUAUAAGACAAGAUUAAAGUCAAGUAGUAGCAGUAGCUCAACUAAAUAUUCUUCAAACGAUGGUGAAGAAACUUAUUCAUAUUCAACAACAUACAAUGUAUCUUCAAGCACUGAUUAUUGGGAGGAAUAUUAUGUAAAUGAGGAAGGAGAGAUGGUUACUUUAAAUUUAGGUUCUUAAUUGUUAAACAAAAAUGAUGCUUUAUAAUCAGAUAAUUAAACUCAUGAAAAAUGGAUUAGUUAAGAUGUAAAUAUAUUAAUUAAAUAUUAGACAAAAUAAACAGAUGACUCUUUAGAAGCUUAAGAUAAUUCAGCUAAUUAAGCCAAGUUUAUUUAUAAAACAAAUUAGGUAUGGGAAAAGGAUGAUGAAUAAAUAUAUAAUUCAUACAAUUUAAGAAGUAGAAAUAUCAAGAAUGCUGCUAAAAUGAAGAAUGUUAAUCAUAAUGAUAAUCAAAAACCUUAACAAAAAAAAUAAAUUAUUGGAACAAGUUUCAACUUUAGAACUAUACCAUAAGUGUAAGAUAAAGUUGAAAAACAAUAAUAAUUGAAAAAUUAACCAGAGUUUAUUGAUAAAAAGGAAACUUCUGAGAAAUAAGAGAAAAUAUCAAUGUUAAAGAAAAUAAUGAAUAUAUUUAGUCAUAAUUGA